AUGAAGGUCGUCUACAUUGGUGUCUGGAAGAAUGAGACGAAACCCAGCGUCGAGCUGACAUGUGAGCGCGAGCUCAGCUCCUACGGCCGCUUCACACGAGGAAGCAUCAGCGAGUUCAUGUCGUUCUUUGCAGGCCAAGUCGCCGAACGAACAAGACCAGGACAAAGACAGGAUGUGGAAGAGAAAGACUACAUUUUCCACGCCUACAGCCGCUCAGAAGGCGUUUGCGGCAUCAUAAUUACCGAUUUCGAAUACCCCAAGCUUGUCGCCCAUCAGCUUCUCUCCAAAGUCCUUGAUGAGUUCGUUUCCAAAUACCCCAAAUCCGCCUACGCCUCCGCCACAAAGGACAGCCCGCAAAUGUCUUUCCCCGAGCUCAAAGACUACGUACAAAAGUACCAGGACCCACAACAGGCAGACAGUAUCAUGAAGAUUCAGAAGGAGUUGGAUGAGACCAAGAUUGUGUUGCACAAGACUAUCGAGAGUGUGUUGGAGCGUGGAGAGAAGAUUGAUACCCUGGUUCAGAAGAGUGACGGCUUGAGUGCCCAGAGUAAGAUGUUCUACACACAGGCCAAAAAGCAGAACUCGUGCUGCAUCGUUAUGUAA